AGCUGUUAGGAUGACGAUACAAAUAUGCUAUCAAAAUGUUGAGAUAUUACCUCAGUAGGAUACGUAACACGGAAGUGUGUACGUUUUAAUCCAACACGUAUUAGUUCAACAUGUGCCUUUAUUAAAUUAUUUUUAUUAUUUAUUUGUACAUUAAUUUAGCUAAUUAUUCUCCAAACAAUGAGCACUAAGGUAAAAUGGAUUUAUUUGGCGGCAUUUUUAGAUUUAUUCGCCGUUAGUUUAAUAGUACCAUCAAUGGGAGCGCAUUUGAAAGGAUUAGGUGCUUCUUAUUUUAUGAUAGGAAUGAUGACAUCUAUUUACGCUCUCACUCAACUAUUGAGCGGCCCAGUAAUUGGCAGCUGGAGUGAUAAAAUAGGCAGACAAAAAUUAUUUGUAACAAUCUAUUUAAUUGUCGGUUGUUGUUAUCCGCUGAUUGGAUUAGUCAACUCAUAUUACAUUAUUUUAUUGUUGAGAGCUACAAUCGGAGUCUUCAAGCAUGGACAGGUAUUAAUUCGUACAAUAGUUACUGAUCAGAUCCCGGUGAAAAAUCAAUCUUCAUUGUUUGGACACUUAAAAUCGAUUGCUGGAAUAAGUUUCACGAUUGGUCCGGCGAUAGGAGGUCAUUUAUCUGAAUUAGACGGAGGAUUCCGUUAUGUUGCUUGUUGCACUGGAUUUUUAUUGUUUUUGAACAGUGUAAUUGGAUACCUGUAUCUCGAUGAUGUAACAAAAAAUGAUACGUCUGAACAGCGAAAAAAAGAUGAACAUAAAUCAAAGUCUUUGCGUGAAGAAAUCACUGAAGCGAUACGCAGUCUUGCGGACGUGAACUGGCGCCUGUUUGGCCAAGUGUUUGCGUUAAAAUUUGUACUCGACAUGUCAGCGGGCCUGUACCACUCUAAUUACAACUUGAAAAUACAAGAGCGAUUUGGUAUAACGCCCAAAAUUUCAGGAUAUACGAUAGCGUUUCAGAGUUUUGUCGGUGUUAUCACUGGGCUGUUUGUCCCUAAAAUAAAUGACAAGUUAUACAAUUCUGAUGUGGAUUACAAAAAGCGGAAUAUGCAUGGUUACAUACUGAUGGUUGUUGGAUACCUAGGGAUUUACUUUGCAAACAGCUUGAGGAUAUUUCUUCUUUGGACAGUCGUUCUCAAAACUAGCCACAUGUUUCUGAGGAUAAUUUUAACUGAUAUGCUGAUGCGAAAAUGUCCACCUUCACAAACCGGGUCUGUUGCCGGUACGUCGAACAGUGUCUCGAAUUUGGCGCGUCUGGUUACCCCCGUGGUCGCCGGGGUUUUCGAAGACAACUGGGGGAUCAACAGCGCUAACUUUUUGGCAGCCCUCGUUGCGAGUAUAGGAAUUUUUAUUGCAUUGGGGAUAAGCCGAAGUCAUCCGAAAAGUCAAUAAAUUUUUGUUAUUUAUAAUGAAAUUUGUAAAUAUUUUACAUAGAUAAAAUAAAAUA